AUGAAUACGGCCGAACACCUCGCUCCACUGCUGCUUUUGUCUGAUAACAAAGCUCUGGCUCUUAUCGCAGAGGCCUCACCAGCAAAGACGACGGUUUGUGUGGGGACUUUCGGGACCGUGGGGACCGUGGGGAUUGUGGGGACCGCGGGGACCAUGGGGACUUUGGGGACCGUGGGGAUUGUGAGGACCGUGGGGAUUGUGGGGACCGCGGGGACCGUGGGGACUGUGAGGACCGUGGGGAUUGUGAGGACCGUGGGGAUUGUGGGGACCGCGGGGACCGUGGGGACUGUGAGGACCGUGGGGAUUGUGAGGACGUGUUACCACCAAAUACAGGAUGUGUCCCGGGUCAGGUCCACCGUCUCAGUUUGUUCAUACCUGUGCCUCCUCAUGGGCUUCUAUUUCCCACUGUCUUAUCUUAAAGCGGACCGGCCUCUGGUGCGGUCCCUGGAGCGGCCUCUGGACCGCCCUCUGGGGCGGCCUCUGGGGCGGCCUCUGGAGCGGUCCCUGGGGCGGCCUCUGGAACGGCUUCUGGGGCGGCCUCUGGAGCGGCCUCUGGAGCGGCCUCUGGAGCGGCCUCUGGGGCGGCCUCUGGGGCGGCCUCUGGAGCGGCCUCAGGGGCGGUCCCUGGAGCGGCCUCUGGAGCGGUCCCUGUGGCGGUCCCUGUGGCGGUCCCUGCAGCGGCCUCUGGAGCGGCCUCUGGAGCGGCCUCUGGAGCGGCCUCUGGAGCGGCCUCUGGAGCGGCGGCCUCUGAAGCGGCCUCUGAAGCGGCCUCUGGAGCGGUCUCUGGAGCAGUCUCUGGAGCGGCCUCAGGAGCAGCCUCAGGAGCGGCCUCUGGAGCGGCCUCUGGAGCGGCCUCAGGAGCGGCCUCAGGAGCGGCCUCAGGAGCGGCCUCAGGAGCGGCCUCAGGAGCGGCCUCAGGCCUCAGGAGCGGCCUCAGGAGCGGCCUCUGGAGCGGCCUCAGGAGCAGCCUCUGGAGCAGCCUCUGGAGCAGCCUCUGCAGCAGCCUCUGGAGCAGCCUCUGCAGCGGUCCCUGCAGCGGUCUCUGGAGCGGCCUCUGGAGCGGCCUCUGGAGCGGCCUCUGGAGCGGCCUCUGGAGCGGCCUCUGGAGCGGCCUCUGGAGCGGCCUCUGGAGCGGCCUCUGGAGCGGCCUCUGGAGCGGCCUCUGGAGCGGCCUCUGGAGCGGCCUCUGGAGCGGUCCCUUAA